AUGAUAACCGUUCCUGUUGAUAAGGCCACGCGGGGAAAGAUGUACGAUUUCGAGAUUGUUCUCACGACCCAGACCACUCUGUCGCGUACGUUCAAGAUGCCUCUGUCUGUUGACCCAGCCGUCGACGAGGUUGACGAAUCCGCGGCUAUCGAGGCUGGUCCGAGUCUAGCCAUCAUGAAGACUUUGCUUGCUGACCGCCACUCCGUCGACACCCAGUUCAUAUUCACCGCGGACAAGACCUGCGCCAAUGUCGGGCUCUGGGCUCACCGCUCGAUCCUCUCUCGCUACAAGGCCAUGGACGAUUUGAUCAAGAAGUCACUCAAGGAGCAAGUCGCCCGAGAGGGUGACGUCGGGCCGUUGACCAUCCGCAUGGAGAAGUUCUCUCUGGCGACCUUUGCUUGCCUGGUCUACUAUCUCUACACCGGCACCAUCAAGCGCACCAUGGACACCAGCCAGUUCGCCUUCAACCAGCAAGACGAAGCUGUCGUCGUGAUCAAGGACGAAACCACCGGUCGGACUAAGGAUCGCAUUCAUUGGAACCCCCUGAGUGCCGAUUCGUCGUGGAAGAUGAAGGACGUGGCCUGGACCGACCUGCUUUUCAUUUCUGAGUACUUUGGCGUCAAGGACCUGCGCGAUGAGUGUCUUCGCGAGGUAGUCGAGUCAAUCAAGGAUUCGAACGUAGUCGGGUUGUUGUUUGAAGUCGGUUGCUUUUUUGCGAAGGUCAAGGAUGCGGGACUGGAUUACUUGGCGGACAAUAUGGAGUCGAUGUGUGAUGAGGGUAAGGAUCCGUUCGAGAACUAUCGGGAUCAUAAGGAGUGUCAUGCUAUGAUGCUUGAUGCGAUGCGGUACAAGUCUAUCCCUGUUUCCCGUCGACAGAACUACCUUGCCUCCACCAUUCGUUCCCUUCAGAUCUGCAACUGA